UGCCAAAACAGAUUAUGGCUACAACAGUUCGAAUAGGGUAUUUUGACAUCAUCUUGUUGAAAUCAGAGUGAAAGUACCAUGGCCGUGUUAUACUCUACGACCAUGGUACUUUCAAUGCCCCAUGCGAGUCGCAUGGGGCAUUGGUGAAGAGAUUGCCGCGCCCAGGCAGUGGACUAUCAUUGUGCUUUGAGCUGCUCGACCACCACUACCAGUCUACCACACUCAUGGAGAAGCCAUCACAAGCUGCAGGCACCGCCUUGCAACCGUCGCCGUCAAAGCCAGGGACGACGACGUGUAUGAAAGUACUGACCCUGAUGCAGCACAUGGCGCCGAUGCUCGUGUUCAACGCCGUGAUGCCACUGGCCAUCUACAAACUGGCCAAGCCACACACGACCAAGAUCGUGGCAGUGUUCCUUUCUGGGCUGAUUCCCAUGUUCAAGACCCUCGUGACGUUCUUCUGGUUCCGCAAGCAAGACGCGAUCUCGAUGAUCCAGUUGUUUGGCGUGCUCGUCUCGGUGAUCAUUGACCACCACGGAAGCGAAGAAGCUGCUCGUAUUCAGCGUCGGGUCGGGAGCGAUCGCGGGCAUGUUUAUGAUCGCGUCGCUGUCGUGGCUCGAAGAAGACAUGUUCUACCAGAUCCGACGCACGCUGUCGGACAAGACCACCCAAGAGCUGGACGCGCACUACCAAAAGCCGGUUGUCCGGUCCACAUCCAGAUACAUCACCCUCGUCAUGGGGUUUGCUCUAUCGUUUCGUCGAUCGUCCACGUCGUGCUUGUGCUGUCGCUGACAGUGGACACCAUCAUGUACAUGAGCAACCCCAUGCCGCUGGUGAACUCUCCCAUCAUGUAUUGGCUGUAUCGAUAUGUGAACGACAAGGAAGCUGCUUCUGGUGAGGAAAUUGUCCAGGCGGAGGCAGCCCCUGUUGAUGUUGUGAUUGUAAAGUAACG